AUGUGCAACUCCCUUGCCCCGGAACUCAUCUUUCUCUCUGAGACAAAGAUCGGUAAGUCUGCUUGUGAAAAUAAAAAGACCACUCUUGGUUUUGAUUGUGCUUUUAGUGUUAGUAGUGUAGGGUUGUCAGGCGGUUUGUGUUUAUUUUGGAAUAGCAAUAAAGUUAAUUUUUCUUUAGUUUCUUUUUCAAAUAACCACAUAUGUGGAGACGUGAGCUCCUCGGAGCUAAGUAGUUGGAGGUUUGUUGGACUUUAUGGUUGGCUGGAGUCCUCGAAUAAAUGCAAGACUUGGUUGUUGAUCCGUGAACUCUGUCAGCAGUACCAGGGACCGAUUCUCAUCGGUGGUGAUUAUAAUGAGAUACUCAGCUCUGAUGAAAUUGAAGGAGGGGCUGACACAUCCAGAAGGGACAUCUCUGCUUUUCGAGACACUCUUGAUGCUUGUGACCUGCGUGACUUAGGUUGUGGUGGGACUUGGUGUACUUGGGAACGUGGGAAAGAGGAAGGGAAGGUAGUGAGGGAGAGGUUAGAUCGAACCUAUGCUCGACUUAAGAGGCCCAAGCGCAAGAGGAAGAGGGGAAAGAAGUCCUUUAAAUUCGAGACAGGGUGGCUCCUUGAAAGUUCAUGUGAAUCAAUUGUUCGACAUGCUUGGGAUGAGUCAGCUGGGUUGCUAAUGGAGCAGAGGCUUGAGCUGCUUAUGAGCACGUUAAGGAGAUGGAGCAGUAAGAAGUUCAAUAGUUUGGAUAGACAAAUCAAUGAUACGGAGUUGUUGCUGAAGGAUGCCCAAGCAAGAGGCAACUGGUACCUUCGAUCCCGUGUUCCUGAAAUAAAGGAUGGUGAUAGGAACACCAAGUAUUUUCACCAUAAAGCUUCUCAGAGAAGAAAGAAAAACGAGAUUAUAGGAUUAUUCAAUAAGGAGAGACAAUGGUGUGAUAAGGAAGAUGACUUAGAGUAUGCCGUGACUGACUUUUAUGAGGAGCUAUUUACCUCUUCUAUGCCCUCUCCGGAGGGGUGUGCAAAGGUCCUCGAGUCAGUUGAGAAGGUUAUUUCAGAAGAUCAUAACUCCGAGCUCCUAAAGCCUUUCUCCAAGGAUGAAAUUUUUGCUGCUAUUAGUUCGAAGCAUCCCUGCAAAGCUCCGGGGCCAGACGGUAUUCAUGCCAUUUUUUACCAAAAAUUUUGGCACAUUGUCGGCGAUGAUGUGACAAAUCAGGUGUGCAACAUUUUGCAUGGUAUCCGUUCUCCGAAGCAAAUGAAUAAAACGAAUAUUGCUCUCAUUCCGAAGGUCAACUCCCCCACUUCUAUGUCUGAAUUUCGACCGAUUGCUUUAUGUAAUGUCAUUUAUAAAAUUGCUUCAAAAGCAAUUGUUCUCCGUCUAAAGAAUAUCCUCCCUGGAGUUAUUUCUGAAAAUCAGAGCGCUUUUGUUCCGGGGCGCCUAAUCACUGAUAAUGCUCUGGUAGCCUUGGAGAUUUUUCAUACCAUGAAGAAACGGAGCACAAGCAGAAAGGGGUCGAUUUCUCUGAAGUUAGAUAUGAGUAAGGCAUAUGACAGGGUGGAAUGGUUUUUCUAG